CCUCGCGGUUGGGCCGUUACUGUUGUCGUAGCUUCAGUGGAGUUAGCAUGAAAAAGGGGAAACUUUUCUGAGGAGCUGCAAGGAUGUCUGUGGAGGCGGAAGUUUUGCUGCAGGAGGCGAAGGAGAGUAUAGAGGCAGCACAGAAUUACAGGAGUGAACUACAGCAGAGACUACAGGGCCUCAGCCAGGCACGGAAACAGGUUCGGGGCAGUUCCACUCACACUCGCGAGGCAUUACGGAGGCACUUCCAGGAGCUGCAGACGGCGCUGAGUCGCCUGCUGAGUGACCGGCUGAGCGCACUCUUGCAGGAAGUGGACGCCAUCGAGCAGGACAGUGUCAGCCCGCUGGAUGACUGCCAGAAACUCAUCGAGCAUGGGGUCAGCAUGGCAGACGAACUGCUGCGUGAGGGAGAGGCUGCCCUUCGCUGUGGGAUCAGUGAUAAAGAGGAUAAGCUCUGCAGCUUCGCUAAAAAAGCCCUAAACAUCCAGCUGGACAGCCUCCCGGAAGUUCCUGCGUUAGUGGACGUGCCCUGCUUGUCUGCACAGCUGGACGACUCAUUGCUGCAUGUGAUGCGCGAGCGCGUGGCACGGCACGGCAGUGUAUCGGCUCAUCCGCCCGUACAGAUCGAGGAGCUGGUGGAGAGACCAGGAAGUGUGCUGGUGCGCUGGUGUAAGGUGGAUGAAGACUUUAACCCUCAGGAUUACCGACUGCAGUAUCGCCGUAGCAAUGCGACUCAGUAUGAAGAUGCGUAUAUCGGUAAGGACUGUGAGUUCCUGGUGCUGCAUCUCGAUCCCCACACGGAUUACCUGUUCAGAGUGUGCGCUCGCGGAGAGGGACGAACAGAGUGGAGCCCAUGGAGUGUCCCACAGACAGGAUAUACCACCCUCACACCACACGAGUGGAGUCCAGGUGUGGACGGUUACAUCCUGAGCAGCAGGAAGAACAUUGCGAUGCGCAGUGACGCUAACCCCGGCGCUGGGGGGGUGCUCUACUCCAGCUCCCCGACUUACUUCUGUGGACAAACACUCACAUUCAAGAUUUCGGCGGCUGGACAGAUGGAUAAACGUGACAGUGUUGGAGUUUGUGCGGACAACCACAGCGGAGCAGAGUCUCUGCAGAGAGAUCAGGCCGUCUGCAUCACCACUAGCGGUGCCGUGUUUGUUAACGGGAAAGAAAUGACCAACCAGCUGCCAGCGAUCACCGUGGGGUCUUCGGUCACGUUCGACAUGGAGGUGGUCAGCCUGUUUCCCAUCAGCAACAACAACAACCCCAGCGACGGCGGCACCUUCAAGCUGAGGGUUACGAUUGGCUCAGGGAACAGAGAGGUGGUGUUUUACUGGCUGCUGGAUCAGGUGGUGGACUGCCUGUUUUUCGGCUGCUCUUUCACGCACCCUGGCUGGAAGGUGCUGGUGUUCUGAUGUUGGCGAUGCAGCUUAAAGUGGGGGAGGGGGGUUCCCGGCCUGCUGGACCCACAGUCCUGCAGCACAUUAGUUUUACACACACUCAGAUUUCCCCCGCCAUCUUGAUUAGGUGGACAUUAUCCGUUCUAUCAGUGCAGGUUUCAUUAAAAAGAGACUCAUGAACAAUGUAGGUGUUAAAUGUUUUCACUCUGUCGUCACAUUUGAAUCCUGACAAUACUAUGAGUCUAAGGCUGCGUUCACAUUACAAGCCUCUGCUCAUUUCUGAUUUUUUUUUGCAGAGAUCUGAUCUUUCUUACUGGAUCGUUCACAUUCCUGAACAUAAUUGCUCUCAGCUGUUCAUAUUAGAGCAAAACAAAGGUGAAAACAACAGCUCAGAUACACUGGGACUGAUUUUCCAACAUCUAAGUUUGUUCUUAAGCAUGCGCAUGAGAAGGAUCCUAAGAAAAAGUCUCCAUCAGAUUCAUGAUGCGUUCUUAAAGCACAGAACUGUUCUCACCUUUGUGCUCUUGAGUGUGUGUAGAUUCUGUUCUUACCCAAGAAAAAAAAUCCUACAUAAGAACAUUAGUGAAUGUCAGAGUCUUCGUAACAACUGCGUAAGGGGG